AUGGCCUCCAUCAACGUCGGCGACACCAUCCCCUCCGGCACCUUCACCUACAUCGCCUACACCCCCGAGCUCGAUGACCACUCCGCGUGCGGUCUCCCGACGAAGAUGAACACCGACGAGUGGAAGGGCAAGAAGGUCGUCCUCGUCGCCGUCCCUGGCGCGUUCACGCCCACCUGCCACGCGAACCACCUCCCGCCGUACCUCCAGAAGAUCGAUGAGUUCAAGGCGAAGGGCGCCGACGUCGUCGCCGUCGUCGCCGCCAACGACGCGUUCGUCAUGAGCGGCUGGGCGCGCUUCCUCGGCCUCAAGGAAAAGAUGGUCGCGCUCUCCGACCCGAACGCGAAGUGGUCGACCGAAAUGGGCCUCUCCCAGGACCUCUCCGCGCUCGACUUCGGCACGCGCACCAAGCGCUACGCGAUCAUCAUCGACGACCUCAAGGUCACCUACAUCGGCGUCGAGCCCGCGCGCGAGGUGUCCGUCUCCGGCGCGGACGCCGUCCUCGCUGCCCUCUGA